GAUAGAGAUAGAGAUAGACCCCCCUACCACAGGACUCCAAGCAUAAAUAGUGGCGGUACGACAGCCACUGGAGAGCUCCUGGUUUGUUUCGCUUCCCGUCUCCCUUCCUCUUCUUCCAUGAAGCUCUCCAAAUCUAUACUCAGUCCGGGCCGGUCUCGCGACCCAUCCGUUUCCCUCUCCACUUCCCUGAGCCGGCGUCUGAGGAGCAAUGGCAGCAUCAAGGCCGGCCAGGCCUCCCCGAUGUUCCCCAAGAAGCGCGGCUCCGCUUUCGAGAAUCCCGAGCCUUCUUCCCCGAAGGUCACUUGCAUCGGCCAAGUCCGCGUGAAGACCAAGAAGAAGGUGAAGCACACCAGAAGCCUGUCGAACCGGAGGGGUGAUUUGAGUUUCAGGAAAUUAGAUCAGGGGACGACGACGGAGGAUGGGCCGCAGUCGCUCCCCUCUCUCCAAGGCCAGAGGAGUUCGAGCGUCCAUUAUCAGGAAUGCGUGCCUCACAGGAACCAGAGGUGGGUUCACUUGCCUUUGACCAUCUGCGAAGCUCUGAGGACGUUCGGGGCCGAGUUUAGCUGCCUGUUUCCGUGCCGGUCUUCCUGUUUCUCCCCCAACGAGAGGGAUAAAGCGGGGAAAGAAAACGGAUCUAAGGAUGGCGGCAAUGGUGAGCCGUCUAAUGAACAGCAGCACAGAUCUUGUGGCGCCGUGUUGGCUAGAUGGCUGGUGGCCGUGCAGGAGGACGGGGAAGGAGAAAAGGAAAGGGAAAUUGAACUCGUGGUUGCAGGAGGAGAUGAGGGGGAGGAGGAGGAGAGAAUUGGCGGUAGACCGAGCACGGCAAUGCCGAGUUCGAGAUCCAGAAGGCACGUUUUUGAAGAUUUUGACCUCAAAGGGGAAACUUUUCAGGAACAUAAUGGUGAGGAUGGAGAAACAGCAGUAGCUGAGGAAGAGAAAGCCCGGGUGAGUAUUUGCAUUCCCCCUAAGAAUGCUCUCCUUUUGAUGCGGUGUCGGUCCGAUCCAAUGAAAAUGGCAGCUCUCACCAAUCGGUUCUGGGAAACACCAUCUGAUUUCACCAAGAACGAAGACCCAAAGGGCGAUGAAGACAUCGCUGUCGAAGAACCAGAGGAAUGUGAGCCUGAAGUUGAAGUGUUGGUGGUGAAUGAUGAGUGUGCUGAGGAAUUGGCUGAUGAAUACAAUGCUUCAUCCUCUGUUGUGCCCAAAGAGGACCCGAAUGAAGAAACACUGAUGGCUGAAGAAGCACCUUGUUGCGAGAAAGAUGAAACUCAAGUACAUCCAGAGGAGGAGGCAAAGAUGGAGACAGAUGAUCACAAGCAAAAUGAUGUAGAGUCAGCCUUGCCUGAUUCUCACAUUGGUCAUCAUCAUCAUCAAUCAAGCAUAGAAGAUGUGAGUUCUCAGAUAAAUGAUUAUCGACCCGUAGGAACAGAUGACCCGCUUUCAUCAGAGCAAGAAGAAAAAGAAGAAAGCACCCCGCCCCCAUCUUCUUCUUAUUCACAAAUUAACUCCCCAGGUCAACAUUGUGAAGGAGACGAUAAACUAGAGGCAUCCAUUCAAGAACUUACUGAAGAAACCAACAUACCCGAAUUUGGAGAAGCUGCAGAUGAGGCAAUAGCGGAGGAGCCAGAUGCUGAGAUUGAGAAGGAAGCAUUGAAGAGAGUAGUGGAAGAACAAGAGAAGGAUGAGGAGGAAAAUGUAACAAAAUUGUCCAAGAAAGAUGCUCUGCCAGACUGUUUACUGCUAAUGAUGUGUGAACCCAAGCUAUCCAUGGAGGUCUCCAAGGAGACAUGGGUCUGCAGCACGGAUUUCGUCAGGUGUAUGCCGGAGAGGCCGCCACAAGCCAAAGCUCGCAAAAAAGACACUACUGUUUAUAGACGUCCUCAUUGUCCGUCGUCGGGAACGCAGCAGCAGGACAGGAGCCGCCAGCUGCUGCUUCAGCCGGCGAGGAGGUCAUCGUGUUCGCUGCCGCCGAGGUCGUCGGUUUCCGGCGGGUCAAUGGCGAGUUUGAUCGAGCAGAAGCUGGUCAACGCGAUGGCGUAUGAGCCGUUUGUGCUGACAAGGUGCAAGUCCGAGCCGAUGAGGACAGCGGCGGCCAAGCUGGCGCCGGAGCCUUGUUUCUGGAAGGACAGGAAGCUGCUGGAGCCGCAUCGUCGCGCCACCUUCGGCUUCGGGGCUGCCGGUGUCGGCUUCUGACCCAUCUUAGCUGUCAAAUAAAACCUAAACGUCGUG